AUCAAAUACGCGGCAGAUUUUAGGUGCCUAUUGUGUGUUUUUUUAUCCAUUUAUUUAAUAUACUAAAUAGAAGACUACAGUACGAAAACUAUUAUUUAAUUUUUCAGCAUUUACCAAAAAUUAAACCUAAAAACUUAUGCCAGUCAAUCAUCAUUCUGGAAAUCAGGCAGACACUAAAUAUCAAUGAUAUUUUGUUUCAUUUCUAAUAAGAACUUGUGUUUGUAAUCAUUUUAGUGAAUGUGGGAGUGAAACUAGCAUGACAACAGUGUUCGCAAAUAUGUACACAAUGAUCAUCGUUUGAAUAAGUCAAUUUAGGACAACCUUGUAGCUAUUCAUAGAUAUGCAAAUUAGGUUCACACGCAUAAUGCGCUGCGCGUGACGAUCCCCCACGUGCAAGUUUGUGUACAAAUUGAAAAAUAAACAUUAAAUAAUAAUAAAAGUUAUUUACGUGUCUCGGUAAAAACUUUAACUUUUGAUUGCCUAGUAACCAUAUAAUUAAAUUACAAUACCUUCUUUAUGAAGAUCAAAAGAAAGUAUGCGAAAAAGCGAUUUGUCGGAAACUGCUUCUCAACCAGUAAGGACAGCGUUAUAGUAUUUUGUUCACGUAAGAAAAGUGACGGUAGUCGACUUGCAAUGAAUACCAGUACACAAGUCGUCGAAUGUCGGUUUCCUUUCCCCACCCACACUGCCACAGACACAGCACGUCAAGUCCUAAGCAAUAGAUCACUGCCGUCAUAGCUGACAGCCUUGUUCAACCGAACCACUUCUAGACCUUCUGAUAUUAUGUGUGCAAAUAGUUCAACAAAGCAAGCUCCUUCAUCAGUUUCAUUUAGACCUUCCUUUCCUUCAGCCUCACGAAAGGCAGUAAGAUCACUGUAAACCUGCUAAAAAAAAAAAAACAUUAUUCUAAGACCUACAAGGUGGUUUUCAUUGCAGACGUUGACUUGCCAGUGACCAUUUCAAGAGAUUUAGUGGAUUAGAAGGAUUUGCUACAGUUGAUAGCACUGACAGUGCCGCAACUAUAAUAACUAAACUUCGUGAUAUUCUUACUAAUGUUCUUCACAUGUAAACUACAAUGAAUUGAAAAUUUUGACCUACAUGUCAAAAACGCUUUCUAUGCCUGUCACUGCAUCUGGCUUCACUUGGACAGCUGAGAAUCUGAAAGCCAAUGUGGGCCAAGGAAAACUCUACGUAAUGGUGGCUGGAUUUCAGGAUGGAAGAUCAAGUCAAGAGACAGAUGAAACUUCGGCAAGUGAUAAAAUUAAGACUAAAGUUGUAUUUGGACUCGCUGUUUAGAUGAUUCAUCAGAUGAUGAACUACCUGACAUCAACACUCCCGAUACCAUAACAACUGCUGCCAAAUUGGCUGGUACCAUGAAAACGUCUGACUCAACUUCUGCUACCAUGACAACUACUAGCCUAUUUGCUGGAACCACAGCUUCAGCUGGUGUACCAUCCAGUGUUACCUCAACAACUAACAACCAUCCCGCUUCACCAGUGACAACUGCUGAUGGUUUAGAUACAGGAACCCCAGACCUAGAGGUAACAUUUCACCCACGUCAUUAUAGACCUGGAAGAUUGAGUCUCCGGCAGCAGCGGGAUAAAUGUACUCCAUGCAGCAGUAACAGCAGCAAGAGUGUGAUUGAAAUUUGUGACAGUGAAGAUGAAGAAAUGUCCAGAGCAAUAGAAGCGAGUCUGAAUGACAGUCAGUCAUUAAGGAAAGAAAAAAAUACAACUUCCAUAGAACAGGUUCUCAAGGAGUACCGGGAUGGAGCUGUUAAAAAGGAUGUGAGGACUGAUGUUAUAGUUUUUUCGCAGCAGAGUUCUAGAAAGCACAUUCAGGGCAAUAACAAGGAAGUCAUUCAACCCUAACGGACAACUCUACGUUAAAUUCAGCGGGGAAAUGGGGGAAGAUUAUGGAGGCCCUCGGCGGGAAUUUUUUAGGCUUUCCUUGAAGGAAUUAAUGAAUUCCUCUUUAUUUGAUGGGCAAGAAGGCCAAAAGUAUUUCUCACACGAUGUAACAAGUUUGGAUGAAGGAAAGUACAGACUAGCAGGGAGAUUGGUAGCAUUGUCACUUGCACAAGAUGGUCCAGGUUUACAUAGUCUUAGUACUACCCUGUAUGAUCUCAUGACAGGCUUGGACCCAGAUAUGUCAUCGGCCAUUGUUCCAGAAGAUAUACAACAUAUGAUUACACAGAUCAAAGAAGUUGACAAUGACACAAAGAGGGACAAAUUCCUUACUGAAUACAUGGACUGGUUCAUUGACAGGGGUUUCAAUGACAUUUACCGAAUGAUUCUGAAUGAGAAAGUCCGCCUUAUUCAAAUGAUGAUGAAGCACUACAUAUUCUACAGGACAUUGGCAGAAACCACAGAGUUUACACGUGGGCUAAAUGAUGUUGGACACCUGUGGGAAGUAGUCACAAGACAUAGAGAAUUGUUCAAGCCCAUAUUUUGUCAUAAGCCUACUGGACUGACCAAAGAUGUGGUUUAUGGUCUUUGUAAGAUAGAGUUCUCUGAACCAGGGUCUAAUGCCAGAAAAAUGGAGGAUGAAACUAUCUACAGUUGGGAAGUCGUUCUGCAAGAUAUCCAAGAUGAAAACGUACCUUUAACAUUGGAAGAUUUGCUGGUAUUCAUGACUGGAGCAGAUCAAAUUCCACUUUGUGGCUUUGACAGAAAGAUAGAAAUUAUGUUCUAUGAUCAGGAAGAUGGAGUGACAAGACUACCCAGUGUUUCAACAUGUGGCCUGCAGAUGUGGCUUCCAAGAGGAGUUGGAGAGCCAGAUACCUUAUCAUCUUUCAUUCAAACUGAUGUCAAGGGAUUCCAUAAAAUGUAGUGUGCUGCAAGACUUAAAAAUGUACAACAGAUGUGUGUUGAAUUGUACAAAUUGUUUGUGACACUGUUUUUCCAGCCAGGUUUAAUAUUAAUCCAUUCAAGGCUGUGCUGUAAUCUGUUAAUUAUUUGUCGUUUGUAAAAAUGACUGUCAAGUUCAUUUGAACUGUUGGUGAGCCUUAGUGAUGACUGUGUGUCCAGCAUCCUUUGUCAUCAGCCAUUGCUUGUGAACACUAGCAGCUACAAUAUUCUUCAGAUCCACAUAAACCUACAUGCAAUCUUGACAAUCUUUGUGAAACCUAGAUCAAGAUGUAUGUUUUCAGGGGUCAGAAUAUUGUUUGUUGACAAAAUGAGAUUUUGUUUGUUUCCUACACAGUGAUAUUAUUGACAGCUAUUAUUUUGAAUGUUGUUCUUUUUCUAGUCAGGCGUGAUUUAUACUGAUAAAUGUUUUUAUUUGGAACUUAUUUAUCUCACCUGAACAUGAAGUCACCAACUUAAAAAGACUCAAAAGGCCAGAAUUUUGGCUUGAUCUUUUUAUAUGAAACUUGGUCAGAAUGUUUUCUUUCAUGAAAUACAGGCUAGUAAAAAAAAAAUGGGCCACUUGUGGUCAAAACCUAGGUCACUGGCAAAUAAUAGAAAGAGUAGAAAGACCUUGCUGAAUGUUUUAUUAAGAAAAUGUACUAUGAAGCUAAUAGAGCUUAACUACAUGUACAGGUUUGCUUUCUUUUGUUGUUCAGUUAUAUUUACUUGAGCGAUAUAAAGGGCCUCUCACGUCUCAAUACAAGUCUUUUUCCAGUGUGCAGAAAUAUUGAAAUACGGAGUCACAACUUGUGGUUAACUGUGAUCACCAAAACAAUUUAAGACAUUGUUUUGAAACUGUUUGGUUUAAGUAAUUCAAUUUGCUUUGCAUUUUGUCACAGUUAUGACCUUUUUUGAAUGCACAAAAUUGUACGUUUUGAAAAAUGUAAAUGAUUGUUUUGUUAACUGUUCUCUUGAAGCCUGUUUUAAUGAUGAUUUUUGUUGUCAAUUCUACCGCUACAUGCAUUUACCCAGCUUGUAUUGUUUGUUAAAGGGAAUUGGUCAGAGAUUGCCAAAAUGCAACUUUUCUGAAAAAUGUAAAAUAAAUAAUAAAAAAUCACACAACACAGAAGUGUCACUCUAAAUAUUGACAUUGAGAACAUAUAUAUUUCUAUGGAUAGCAUAGUUAAUGAUUGAUUUGGCAUAAACUUCGCUAUUAUUAUAUUUCACUUUGCAAUGUGAAAUGGCAUGUAUUGAAAGAACAUAUCCUUAUAAAAUGAGAAUUUUAAGUUCUAAACGAUACGCAAUAGUGAAAUUAUCCAACAAAUAAUGGUAAUAUAUUCUUUAUGUGAUCUAUAGGGGUAUAUUUAAAAUAAUAAAUAUAUAUUUUUCGGGAUAAUUUCCAACCAAGUCCCUUUAAAGGUACAAAGCGAAGGCAUCCAAACCAGAUAGAAACAGUUCUAGUUGUCUCCCAAUUGAUUUUAAGGUCUUUUGGUUAUUUGGCACAGUUGGAAGGUGUCAUGCCAAUGUCAUCCCCAUGCCUUCAACUUUAAGAUAACUGAUAGACAGGUCGUCUAUUAAAAGUGAUAUUUCCAUGAUUCUUGUUAAAGGACGCGAGUAAUAAUGGGCUAUAUUAGGCCUCUUGUUUAUUUGUUUAUUGUUUUGUUGGUAUAAAUUACAGUUCUUGUCCA